UCUCCCCUUACCCGGCGCCGCCAGCUCUUGGGGGACACCCUGAGGCCACCGACCCGCCGCCGUCUGCAACCACGGGAGUAGCCCGGGGCCGUUCCGGAGUCGCCCGGACCCGAGAGGCUGCUGCACCGGGCCUCAGUCACCCCUCCGGAUGCUGGUGCUGCCGUCCCCCUGCCCCCAGCCCCUGGCGCUUCCCUCCGCUGAGGCCAUGGAGGCGCCUCCCCCUCGGACAGGCGGGUCCCCAGAACCCGGACCUUCCUCCUCCACAGGAUGUCCCCAGACUUCGUCCCCUUCGAGGCCCAACCACUACCUGCUCAUAGACACCCAGGGCGUCCCGUACACCGUGCUGGUGGACGAGGAGUCUCAGAGAGAGUCCGGGCCCGAUGGGGCUUCAGCUCAGAAAAAGUGCUACAGCUGCCCAGUGUGCUCCCGGGUCUUCGAGUACAUGUCUUACCUUCAGCGACACAGCAUCACCCACUCGGAGGUCAAGCCCUUUGAGUGUGACACCUGCGGGAAGGCAUUCAAGCGGGCCAGCCACCUGGCGCGGCACCAUUCCAUCCACCGGGCGGGUGGCGGGCGGCCCCACGGCUGCCCGCUCUGCCCUCGCCGCUUCCGAGAGGCGGGCGAGCUGGCCCAGCACAGCCGGGUCCACUCCGGGGAGCGCCCCUACCAGUGCCCGCACUGCCCACGCCGAUUUAUGGAGCAGAACACGCUGCAGAAGCACGCUCGGUGGAAGCAUCCCUGAGCCAGGCUGCGGGGUACCUCAGGUACCAUGGGAUUCUGGGGGGAGCGUGGACUCCCGUCGCCCUCAGACAGCCGGGAGCGCCAGAGGCUGGGCUGCGGGGGCCCUGGACACAAACACAGGACCCCCCCGUGGAGAGGCUAAGCCCUGCCUUGAGGAGUAAUCUUCGGGUCCUCAGUGUUUUGGAGAUAAGGAUGGGAAAAAGACCUCACACUUACAGAGUGGAGUCCUCUAACCUCAGAGACAUCAGCGAGUCCACGGCUGAGCCCUGACUGGAGGGGUAGGGAGCAGAGUGCUGUGUGUUGAAAUUCUCGGGCCUGAAAACCCGUGGUUGGGGGCCAUCAGGAAUCUGCAGCAUCUUGCUGAGGCCCCCCUGCGAUGCUGGGGGAAGGGGCCCCAGACCUGCUUCCCAGUCCCCAGCCAGGGCCUGAGACCGGACACUCACUAAACACGGGUUCCACUUUGAGCGUGUGAGGUUUGGGGGGACCGUGUCUCUGCCGACUGCCUAGCACAGAGACUGAGCAAGUGCCUGGCCCACUUGGGCCUUGGCUUGCCUGGGAAGGUUGGCCUGCACUGGGGUUCGUCCUAGCUUGGCUCCUGAUCACCUGUGUCAUAUAGGCCGAGUGUUUUUAAAUAUUUCUUUUUUUUUUAAAACCACGAUCCAUUGUAAGGAACAUUUUAUAUGGCAACCCCGUAUAGAUACACAACAUAUGCAAAACAAAGGUUUAACAGUAGUUACCUCUGCCAUGUGCAGAUCUCUGUUUUUUUCCAUCUACCUUUUUUUUUUUUUUAAGACUGCCAAUUCCAGAUUUCAUUCUACCGUAUUAUCUGCGCAUGAACCUGUAGUUUGAAAAACACCGAUCUAGGGCAGGUGCCUCCCCCUGGACGUUCUGACUGAGGCUGCAAUUUAUCCGUAGCGUGAAGUGGGUAGGAGGGGAGAGUGACACUUUCUAGGCGGCGCAGACAUUUAGGUUCUCCCGCUGCAGGGUUAAAGCACUGCUCUCAUAAGGGCUGGCAGAAAUUCCAGAGCAUGGAAGCUACCUGAGAAUGGGAGGAGAGCCAGGUGGAGCUGGGCCAGAAGCUAAAUAAACAUCUGCCUUCUCAAUGAAUUUUCCUUGCGUGUCGGAUUUGUGCCAGGCACUGUGCUGGGCCUCAUUUCUUCUUCCGACCUCUUUUUGGGUGGAGGAAAAAAUCAUCUGUCUCUACUUCCCAGAGGGGGAAAGAGCUUCCCACCAUCUAACUUCAGAUAACAGUAACAGUGCCCUGUCUUGAGCUCUCACUGCGGUCAGGCGCUGAGUUGAGCGUUCUGCGUGUCAUAUCAUCCUAUAUACCCACAACAAACUUAAAAGGGAUUAUAAUCUCCCCACUUUACAGGUAGACUGAGGCUGUGGAGGAGCGGCCAGGACUGGGAUCUAGGUCUGAAUGUUCCAAAGCCAGCUCUUAACAACACGGGGGUGAUGGUGCGGGGGUGGGGGAGUGGUUUCUAGGCCUUUAUUUUCGGGGAGGAGUAACUCUCCCUACCCCAUGAUCCUGGGAACCCUGGGGUCUGGCUGUGCUGAAGCCCAGUGGGAGAUGAAGGAGCGAAGGAGCGGAGCGGGUUGCAGGGGUCCACACCGGCCAGUUCCCAGGGUAUCUCUUAAGGGGAUCCUCCCUGUGCUUUAACUUUCCCGGCCGUUUCCUACAAUUCCCCGCCUCUCCCGGGUCGGACUCGGCGCGUCGUCACCC